GUGUAAAGGAUAUACAUAUACUUAUAUAUAUUAAUUGUGUGUUUGUGUAGCAAUAGCAAAAGCCAAACUAGUGCUUGCUGCGUAAUUGUCAUCAAUAAUGAUGGAACAGCACAGCACAGCACAGCACGGUUUCCCCAAAAUCCACCAUCGCUCGCCCAUUAUUUUCCCCCUUAAAUUCUGAACCCUAGCUCAAAUCAAUUUUGGAUUCUCAUCAUCUACCUAGCCUCAAUUUUGAUUUCUCAAGUUUUUCCUCGAUUUUAACAAUUUUCGCUUUAAGGCUGCCUGCAUAAAUUGAAGAAGAAGAAGUUCGAUGCUGCAGAUGAGGUAGCUGCUGCCGCGGAAUUCGGAGAACGGCAUGAGAGUGGAAAUUAUAGUUUUAUGGAGGUGGAUGAUCAGAUGCAGUUCAAGUUUUCCAGAAACAGCAGCAAUCGUAUUAAUGGCAGAAAUAAAAUAGAACAAGAGCAGGCCAUGGAUGACCAGCACGAAGACGAAGGCGAAGACGGAGAGCGCAAGAAGCUCACCUCCACCUGCGGCGGACCGGUGGAUAUCGGAGGAACCGUCGGUAGGUUUUACGGAUGGCCUUCUUCUCGGAUAGUUAGGGUUUCUCGAGCUUCCGGUGGAAAGGAUCGGCACAGCAAAGUUCUCACUUCCAAAGGUCUGAGAGACCGGCGGGUGAGGCUAUCGGUUAACACCGCAAUUCAGUUCUACGAUUUGCAGGAUCGAUUGGGCUACGACCAGCCGAGCAAGGCGGUGGAGUGGCUGCUCAAAGCUGCGUCCAGUUCAAUCGCGGAACUGCCGCCGAUGAACACUCCAUUUCCGGCCACGCCGAAGCAGGUGAGCGACGAGAAGAGAUCGAGCACCGGGGGAUCUGAUCAGCUCGGAUUCGAAGAUCCGUGCUACCUCCGGCAGCAUCCGGCCGUGAAAUCCUCCGCUUGCAGCAGCAAUUCCGAAACUAGUAAGAAUUCAGGCGUCUCGCUGUCCAGAUCUGAAAGCCGGAUUAAAGCCAGGGCGCGAGCCAAAGAACGAGUCGCCGAGAAAUUAGAGAAGGAGAAAGACCAGAUUGAGGAGCCUUCUCCUGUCGACUCAUUGAUGAACCCUAUCUCCCAAACCACCUCGUUUACGGAGCUAUUGAGCGGCGGUCUUCACAAUGUCAGUGAAAUCGAUAAUCACAACUCCGUUAGCCCUAAUUCUUCAGUUCAUCAAACGCCCCAUAGGUCUUCCGGCAAUUCUCAUGAAUCGAAUUUCUUCCUCAAAUCUCCAAGCAGACAGUGGUCUUCAUCAACGUCAGUAGGUUACUUCAAUGGCGGGCUUCUAGGACCUCCGGCAACCCGUCCGGGACAAAUGCAGUUACUGAAUACGGUUAGGCCGAUGUUUACUGUAGCAGGGGACCACCAUUCAGAGAUUCAGGCCUUCUCCUUUGCUCCGGCGGACCAUUUCUCAGUUGCCGGAGGGAACAGCGACAGUAACAGUAAUCACCACAACAGCAGCGGCGAAUACAAUCUCAACUUCACAAUAUCUUCUUCAUCCGGCCUUGCCGGUUUUGAUAGGGGGACCCUUCAGUCCAAUACAUCGUCGUCUUCCUCUAUGUUACCUCCUGUUCGGAAUCAGAGGUUUCCUCCUGUUGAGGGAGGAGGAGGAUCUCCUCCAAGCUUCUUUAUCGGUGCCGCAGCACCUCCGGAGAGCCAUCACCAAUUCCUCUCUGGGUACGAUGCCCGCCUGCAGCUCUUCUAUGGCGGUCUCCAGAAGGAGAAACGAAAGAACUGAAUCAAGAGUUCCUGCAGAUGUGAAGCAGGCCAAAUUAAACUGUGUGUUUUAAUUUUGCGAUUGGUAGCCAGCCUCCCUCUGAAUUUUCCACGUUGUUGCCGUCGUCUCGUCCACACAUUCUAGACUGUUUUACCGUAAUUAAGUUAAUUAUGGGCUGGACCGGACCGGUCGGGUCGAUGCGCGCGUGUAAGACUAAUUUCUGCUGCCACUGCCAGACAAUUAGUAAGUGUUGAUAUCAAUCUCGUUUCAAGACAAACUUUGAAUGAUUCUAUUAUUAUUAUUAUUAUACAGAUGUUUCUUCUUCUUCA